AGGCGUGCUGGUUUGAUAAUUGCAAGAUGUACAUCAAGCAGGUUGUAAUUGAAGGGUUCAAGAGCUACAGAGAACAAGUUGCUACAUCGACUUUCAGUCCAAAAGUUAACUGUGUUGUUGGUGCUAAUGGAUCUGGCAAAUCAAACUUUUUUCAUGCAAUAAGAUUUGUGUUGAGUGAUAUUUUUCAGAACCUGCGCAGUGAAGAUAGACAUGCCCUUCUCCAUGAAGGUGCAGGACACCAAGUUUUAUCGGCUUUUGUGGAGAUUGUCUUUGAUAACUCUGACAACCGCAUUCCGGUUGAUAAGGAGGAAGUGCGCUUGCGUAGAACUGUCGGUCUGAAGAAGGAUGAGUAUUAUUUGGAUGGAAAGCACAUCACGAAAACUGAAGUUAUGAAUUUACUGGAAAGUGCUGGGUUUUCUCGCUCUAAUCCUUAUUAUGUGGUGCAACAAGGAAAGAUAGCGUCAUUGACUUUGAUGAAAGACUCUGAGCGGCUGGACUUGUUGAAAGAGAUCGGUGGUACUAGAGUUUAUGAGGAGAGACGUCGUGAGAGUAAGAAAAUCAUGCAGGAAACUGGUAAUAAGAGGAAGCAGAUUAUCCAAGUUGUUCAGUAUUUGGAUGAGAGACUAAAGGAACUGGAUGAGGAGAAAGAGGAAUUGAGAAAAUAUCAACAGCUUGACAAGCAGCGUAAAUCCUUGGAAUACACAAUUUAUGAUAAAGAGCUUCAAGAUGCUAGACAGAAGUUAGCCGAGAUAGAGGAGGCUCGGUCAAAAGUUUCUGACACGUCAAUUAAGAGCUACAACAGCUCUCUCGAUGCUCGUGAGAAGUCCAAAGAGUUGGAUGAAAAAUUGAAAGAAUUAACUAAAGCAGUUCAUGGCUUAAGUAAGGAAAGAGAAGCAGCAGAACAGAGAAGAACAGAAGCUGUGAAAAAGCAGACAGAGCUUGAGCUUGAUGUCAAGGACUUGCAAGAAAAAAUUUCAGGGAUAAUCAGAGCCAAGGAGGGAGCAGCGAAACAGCUUGAGAUUUUACAGAAAGAAAUUGAGGACUCAACCAAGGAGCUCACUGCUAUUACUCCUCUGUAUAAUACUCAAGUUGAUGAGGAACAGAAUAUAACUAAAGGAAUUAUGGAGCUGGAGAAAAAGCUUAGCAUGCUAUAUCAGAAGCAAGGUCGGGCCACCCAAUUUUCAAGUAAAGCUGCUCGGGAUAAAUGGCUUCAAAAGGAAAUUGAUGAUCUUGAACGAGUUCUUUCUAUUAAUUCAACUCAGGAGCAAAAGCUUCAAAAGGAAAUUGAUCAGCUUAAAGCUGAGUCAAGUGAGCAAGAUGUGUACAUUGAGAACCGUAAAACUGAGAUUGCAAAGUUGGAAUCCCUCAUUCCUGAGACAAGUGGAAGGCUAAGGGAUUAUAAGGCACAAAGGAAUAAGCUACAGGAUGAGCGGAAAUCAUUGUGGGACAAGGAAAGCGAACUUUCAACUCAGAUCGAUAGGUGGAAAGCAGAGGUCGAUAAGGCAGAGAAGAACCUUGAUCAUGCAACACCUGGUGAUGUGAGGAGAGGGCUUAAUUCUGUCAGAAAAAUCUGCCGAGAGUACCAGAUGUCUGGGGUUUAUGGUCCCAUCAUUGAGUUGCUUGAUUGUGAUGAGAAGUUCUAUACUGCAGUGGAAGUUACUGCAGGAAACAGUUUAUUUCAUGUGGUGGUUGAGAAUGAUGAGAUUUCUACCCGGAUUAUUAGACACCUUAACUCACUGAAAGGCGGACGAGUCACUUUCAUACCUCUGAACAGGGUUAAGCCCCCAAAUGUAAAUUAUCCACAAAGUUCAGAUGUGAUUCCUCUAUUAAAGAAACUGAAGUUCUUACCAAAUUACACUCCUGCAUUUGCCCAGGUUUUCGCUAGAACAGUGAUUUGCCGAGAUUUGGAUGUGGCUACAAGGGUAGCUCGUAAUGAUGGUCUGGAUUGUAUAACUUUGGAAGGUGAUCAAGUUAGUAAGAAAGGUGGUAUGACGGGGGGAUUCUACGACUAUAGGCGCUCAAGGUUGAAGUUUAUGAAUAUAAUCAGGCAAAAUACAAAAUCUAUCAACAUGAAGGAAGAGGAGCUGAAGAAUAUUAAGGAGGAAUUGCAAAAGAAAGACCAGGAAAUAACAGAACUUGUCUCUGAGCAGCAAAAAGUUGAUGCUGAGCUGGUGCAUGUUAAAUCAGAGUUGGAACAGCUUAAGCUAGAUAUCUCCAAUGCUAAAAAGCAGAAAAUGCUAAAUACGAAAGCUACUGAAAACAAGAUGAAAUCGCUUGUGGAUGUCAGAACUCAGAUCGAUCAGCUCAAAGCCAGCAUGGCGACGAAGCGAGAUGAAAUGCGCACGGAGUUAAUUGACCAUCUGUCACCUGAGGAAAAAAAAUAUCUGUCAGAACUGAAUCCUAAGAUAAAAUUCGAAAAGGAGCAGCUUAUUGCUUGCAAAACAGAUCGCAUUGAGACGGAAACAAGAAAAGCAGAGCUUGAGACUAACCUUGCAACUAAUCUCAAGAGGCGGAAGCAAGAGUAUGAGGCUAUUAUAUCCUCAUCAGAGACUGAUUUGCAUGAAAAUGAAGCGGAAUCAAAGUGGCAGGAGCUAAAAGAUGCUGAAUCAUUGGUCAUUGAUGCAACCCAGCGAUUAGAAGGAAUUAAUAGAAGUAUAGAGGAAACAAAUAAACAAAUCAAAAAGAUGAAAGACGAGAUGGCGAAGUUGAAGGCUUUGGAGGACAACUAUGAGAAAACACUUCAGGAUGAAACUAAAGAACUUGAACAACUCUUUAGCCGGAGGAAUGCUCUUAUAGCUAAACAGGAUGAGUACUCAAAAAAGAUACGGAACUUGGGCCCAUUAUCUUCUGAUGCUUUUGAGACGUAUAGACGGAGGAGCAUCAAAGAGUUGCAAAAGAUGCUUCACAGAUGCAACGAGCAGCUCCAACAGUUCAGUCAUGUAAACAAGAAAGCACUUGAUCAGUACGUGAACUUCACAGAGCAAAGGGAGGAACUCGAGAAAAGGCAAAGAGAACUAGAUGCUGGUGAUGAGAAAAUUAGCGAACUAAUAUCAGUUUUAGAUCAAAGGAAGGAUGAGUCAAUUGAACGUACGUUCAAAGGUGUUGCAAGGCAUUUUCGAGAAGUAUUCUCUGAACUGGUACAAGGCGGUCAUGGACAUCUGGUUAUGAUGAAGAAAAAGGAUGGUGAUCAGGCUGAUGAUGAUCAAGAUGAGGAUGGACCUCGUGAAGCAGAUUUAGAGGGAAGGGUAGAGAAAUACAUUGGCGUUAAAGUCAAGGUUUCUUUUACUGGGCAAGGGGAGACACAAUCGAUGAAGCAAUUGUCUGGAGGUCAAAAAACUGUUGUUGCCCUUGCUUUAAUCUUUGCUAUACAAAGAUGCGAUCCUGCUCCCUUUUAUCUCUUCGAUGAGAUAGACGCAGCACUGGAUCCUCAGUACAGAACAGCGGUCGGGAAUAUGAUUCGUCGUCUGGCAGACACAUCGAGCACGCAGUUCAUAACCACCACUUUCCGGCCAGAACUUGUGAAGGUUGCAGACCAGAUAUAUGGUGUGACCCACAAAAAUCGAGUAAGCCGUGUCAAUCUUGUUUCCAAGGACGACGCAUUGGAUUUUAUCGAGCAUGACCAGUCGCACAAUGCAGAGUGAGGCUAAGGAAGUGAAGAGAUGUUGGAUGCUGUAUAAAAAAUCUGAUGCCAAAGUCGACAUUGUAAAGUAUUCAUAACUUGGUAUUUUAGAUACGUAGGAUGCUCAUAUCUUCUGCUAUACUUGGAUCAAUGUCGAGGUGUAGAGCUAGCGUCUUUGUACACAUGACAUUUGCCGUAA